UUUCUUGAUUGACCUUGAUACAAGUAUUUUCUAAUAUUAGUAAUUGACUCUUGAAAUAUUAUGUUCAAAUUUCACAAUUAACAACAUUAGUAUAAAUCAUGAGAUUUCCUGCAUGUAAUAUGAGGUUCCUUCUAGUGCACUGAGCUGCGUAUGUCCAAAUUGUCUAAGAGUAUAAUCGUUAUUUUACUUUUUUCACGUACUCGUUUAGUGAAGUUUACAAUAGCUGCUUUUUAUGAAGGAAAAAAAACCAAAAUUAAGCAUAAAUUAAAGGGGCUCACCUAUGAACGACCACCGUUAACGGUGAAAUUUAUCAAAAAGAGAUACUUAGUCAUCGUGUUGUCAUUGUUCCUUUAAAACAACUACAAAAAGUUUAACGGCAUCGAAUGGCGGACCGGGCAAAGGCUACUCGGGGUAGAAAACGGACCUUCGGGAAAAACCACCCGCCCCCCAGCGCCGCGGAUCUGUUUGACUCGCUGAUUCAGGGCCAGGACAAGACGGCUAACGAGGAACCCAAAACUAAAAAGAUAAAACGUAUUUUGCAGAGUAAGUCCUUGCCAAUUAAAGAAAGCGAGCUAGGCGUUUCUUCGGGGCCGAAGGGCGGGGACGUGGACUCAGCUUUGGGGCAGAAUCAACAAGAAAAUUCCCCUGGCGAUGAUUCCAACAAAAGCCCUUUUCCAAGAUCUGAUGAUUCGGAUGGAUCCGAAGACGAUGGGCCCUGCGUAUUAAUGUCGUUCGGAAAUACGCUAGACAAGGACAACACAGACAGUCCAGAGCAGAGCCCACGCAAACUUCAACGGGGCAGGCGGCCCAAAGCGGACUUUCUUAUUGAAUCUACCGGGCAGGUUCCGGAUACACCUAAAAAAGAGGGUAUCAGCAAGCCUGUAAACCUGCACAGUGAGGAGGAUAAUGAAAGUGAUGCCAAGGAACGGGAAGAUGAAAACAUUGUCACGAGUAACGUUAUUCUGCCUUCCACUGAUGGUGUUGAGAACGACGACGCAACUGCAGCCAAGGCUAGCACAAAUGCGCGCCGUAACAGUGACGCUGGAGGUGUGGGGUCCCUUGGGGUAUCCAAGGAUGUCGAAGAUUCAAUUCGGAAAGAGAUAGAGAAUAUGCUUGCUAACAACCGCUUCCGAGGCGGUGCCCGUCGAGGUGAAGGUGGCGAUCGUGACACUGGAGACGUUAACGGCGAUAUGUCCGUAUCCCUUGAGGAAGACGUAAUCCUCGUUGAGGCUGGACGAAAAAAGCACUGUCGUUUUUUGAUACGUCGACAGGAGGACCAGACCCCACCUUCGUCAAGAAAUUAUCGGUGUUUCAAGUGCUCAUACAAUACGACUCGCAUGAACAAUAUGAUCCGCCAUUAUCGGCAAUGCUAGCCUGAUGACGAUGCGUGGCCCGGAAACAUAUGAUGGAUCUUUGGCUCAGUGAAGCUAGAGUGUUAUGAAUUUUAUUUUAUCACAUGUCACCAAGUGUUUGCAUAGAAGAGGCGUCUAUUGUGGGACUGGGGACGUGGCGUAUCGGGGUAAUGUUCUCGUUCAGUAGGUAACCUUCACAAAAGUUUAGGGGUAAAAGUAUGCGCGUUGUCCACGACAAUCAAUAUCUAUUCCAUAAACAUUAUGUACAGUAAUAGUACCAUAGUUGUUAAGUUACUUCUUUGGAAGCGAAAAGAAAAACAAGGUAAAAUAGGAUGACAUAAUUAGGUAAUAAUAACAUAAGGGUAAUGAAAAACAGUGGUAAUUUAACAUAUAAUUGGGCCGAACGAACAUAGUGACUGAAGUUUUGGAGGUUUCUGUUUUGUAUCAGAUUUGUUUUUCUUGCUUAUAGUGGUACCGCCUGGGAUUAUACAAUUUCUAUUAUUCUAACAACUGGUAACUUGAUCUUGCGUAUUGGCUGUCUCUUGAUAGAGAACAGUUGCUACUUAAUGCAUAAAUUCUGCUUACUAGUAGAAAUAGCUAAUGGGGUAAAUAAUAGAUGAUUAAUGAUGUCGCAAUUACUUGGAUUUACACCACGAUUUGUGAAAUUGUAAAAAAAAUUCAUAAUCAGUUUCGAUUUUAGCUAAGAAAGAAAAUAUGUAAUUCAGUUCUUUUGUAUAACAAAGUUUAAACUUGGGCUGGGAUUCUAUGCCUUCGCCACACCUUCUCUACCUCUAUUGUGUAGAUCAUUGUAUAUAGCUUCAUCGACAAAUGUCUCAAUCAAAUCCUGAAAUUCAUCCGGCGACAUUUAGUUUAUUAUUGUGCGAAUGAGGUAAAAAUAGAACCUGUAAAAACGACAGCGGUGCAUUCACACAAACAAUUCACUAGUGCCACGGAAUUUC